UCUUGCUGGGGAAACUGAGCCAGGAGCAGGUGGUGGUUUAUCCUGGGGCACGGCAACAGGCUGCAAUAAAACACUGGGAGUUAACACUCAAGAUGAAGGGGUUGGGGAGCUCUCAGCUCUGUGUGGGGGUGCCCACCCUGCCGAGGCCCAGCCCUGCGGCUUGGCAGGUGUUGCCAGGCACCCGUAGCUGCCUCCACCCAGCACUUCCAGGGGGGAAUUGGCUGCUGAGUGUGUUUUCUGCUCGUUGGCAGCUAAAUUUAACAUCCAGGAGGUCCUGGCAGUGGCACGAGGGUGUCUGUGGAAGGUGGGAGCAAAGGCACUGCCAGCACCUCGUUGUCCCUUUCUUCAUAAACACCGUCCCUGUGUUCGGGGGCAGCGGUGGGGAUGCUGGGGGAGCAUUCCUGCAGGGCGCUGUGCUCCCGGGGCAUGUCCCGGGCUGCUCCCGGGGAGGGCGAGGCUUGGGGCGCUGCCGGAUCCAACACCCCGCUCCAACGGGCCAGACGUGCCCGAGCAGCUCCUGCACCUCCUGCCUGUGCCCGCACGGCCUCGGCACCCGUGGGGGACGCAGCCCGCGGGCCCUGCCCUCACCUACCGACGGGGAUUUUCUAGCUGAGCCCGUUGUGCGAAUCUGGGCUCAGGGCAGCCCUCUGGCUCCCAGACUGUGUGCUUCCCUUGGCCCCUCUCCCUCCACCAGCUCCUUGUCUUGCUGCAGGAGUGUUUGAACAAUGCAGGGCUGUAACCGAGCUCUGCAACAUGAGCCAAAUGCUCAUUCCCUCUGUGCAGAGCUGAACAGAGAUGCCCGUACCAUGGGGCAGGAGUCACCCUGCCUGGGCUGGGUUCAGACCAGCAGGUCCAAGUGGCUGCAGGCUUGGUGACCCUGUCUGUUACCUCCCUUCCUGCUAUCCAGUUUAUUUUCCUAUGUUUUGGAGUUUAUUGCUGCUGGGUGAGCGGAGAAACAAGAUGAGAUUUCCAAAUGAGAGUAGGCCGUGCCAACUGACCAUAGCAGUGAGAUGAGGGAAUCUGGGUGCCCACAUCAAGGUUGGGAAUUUCCCCUGUGUCCCGGAAGCCCUAACCCAGCACCAGCACCCUCUGCCCACAGCGAGCAGCGACAUCCAGAAGCAUUUUGGAUUUGUCACUGUGAGCACCUCGGGCCGUGUGUGCAUCCAGGCUGCCAGGCCGGCAUCGCGGGCUGAACCGGCAGCUGGGACGUCACCAGGCACCCGUGACGCAGCUGGCACGGAGGAAUGCCCCGUGCUUUCCAUCCCAUGCGAGCGCUGAUUUGCCUCGGAGGGCGUCCUCGCCCGGCGCUGACUCAGCGGAGCCGCCGCAUGCAGAACUGCUCCAGCACCCGCCAGCCGCCAUCGCGCCGGGACACCGGCAGGACGUGGUGGGGACAGCAGGACACCGUCGGGACACCAUCGGGACACCCUCGGAAAGAGAGCAGGGAGAAGAAGGGCGGCAGCUGAUCCGUGCCGAGGAGGCUCCCACGCUGCAGGGCCAAUCCAGGUGAGCGGGUGACGGUGGCAGCUGCCGGCUCGGGGCUGCCACGGGAGCGAGCGAGGCCACAGCACAGCGGCUCCGCCCUGCCCACCACUGCACCUGCCGACGGCGCCCGAGCCCCUCGCUGCCCGUGGCGGCCGCUCACCCGUGUCCCGCUGCCGGCACGGAGGAUGCCCGUCGAGGCGCUGCAAGCCGGUGACACCAUGAAGGGGGUGACGGUGCCUUUCACCUCGGCCAUGCCCGUCCGUAUCCUCCGCAAAGGGCCCGCGUAUUUCCGCCGGCACGCCGAGCCGGGGGCCGGGAAGCCCAGCGCAGUGGAGAGGCUGGAGGCCGACAAGGCCAAGUACGUGAAGAGCCAGAAGGUCGCCAGCACCAAGCAGGAGCCGGUGAAGCCGCUGCUGCUCAAGCAGCCCCUGUUCUCCCCCGGGGCGCGCCGGGCUGUGCUCACCCCCAGCCGCAGGGCGCCCCCGGGGCCGCGCCGCGCCGACGCUGCCAGCCCGAAGACCUCCCUUGACCUGGAGAUCCUCAACAACCUCAUCAACCUCUGUGACAGCCCCUUCCCCAAGGCGGAGAGCCCGCUGGGCAGGGAGUGCAGGUGGCGGGCGGAAGCGCCGGCCGUGGAGGCGGCUGUGAAGCCACCGGAGAGCCCGGCCGCCACCAAGCCCCCCGGCAGUGUGGCCGUGCGGAGGGUGGACGUCCGUCCCUGUGCGGCUCCGCGGAGCCCAGCGACACCGCUGCCCGCAUCCCCCAUGCCGGCUGGGCUGCCCGUGACCCCGUCGCGGGGCUCACCCGCCCGCCCGGAGAGCGCCCGGCGGCAGCCGCUGCUGCACCGCUCCAAGUCGGACCUGAGCGAUCGGCUCUCGAGGGCCACCGCCGACCUGGAGCGCUUCUUCAACUACUGCGGCCUCGACCCCGAGGAGAUGCAGGACAUGGGCGCCGAGCGCUUCGCCCGCGCCAGCUCUGACAUCGUGUCCCUCAAGUUCCACAGCGUGAGCACGGCCAGCUCGGAGGGCGGCCGCUCGCCGCCCAGCGCCGCCACCCCCGAGGGCCGGCCGGCGGAGCGGGUGCCCUACGGCAUCUCCAUCAUCGAGCGCAACGCCCGCGUCAUCAAGUGGCUGUACGGGCUGCGCCAGGCCAGGGAGCCCCAGCAGGUCUCCGAUGUGUAGCAGUGCCGUGCUGGGCACCUGGGAUGGGUCGCUCAUAGGCGGGCAGUGCUGGAUGGGGACAAAGCGCUGGCUGUGCCCUGGGAAGACCAGGGAGCUCUUGGUGGUGACAGGACCCUUGAACUCAGCCCUGCUGUGCCACAGCAUCACUGGCCUGAUGUGGCCAGGGAUCAGACCCCUGUGCCAGCACUGGAGGACCAGGGCCCUGCAAGCUCGUGGGAAGGCAGAGGACACGUGUCCCUGGGUGUGGGGCUGGUCCUCAACACCCACAGGGCCUCAUGUGCGGCUGCCCUGCCUGUACUGCUGGCAGCUCCUGCCUGUCCUGCUCCUCACCAGCGCCCUGGGGUGGGGUGCAAGGGGCUGGGUCCCCCUGCAUGGAGCAAGGACCUGCACCAGUGAAGGAGCUGUCCCCUUGCAGCCUCCACGGAAGGGGUCCCACUGCCUGGGGUGGUGGCCACAUCCUUGUGGUCCCAUCUUAUUGCUGAAGAAAAGCCUGGUGCUUUGAGGGGUGAGGGAGCAACCUGACCCCUGCUUCAAGCUGCCCAGGGCUGUGUGUCUGUGUGAGUGUCUGUGGGUGCCUGUGCUCCCCUUCCUGGCUGCCAGUGGGCAAGAAGUCCCCACCAUGCUGGGCCUGGUAUUUAUGAAGACAAUUCCUUUUUUCUACUCUUUUCCUUAUGUUUGGUCUGUAAAUAAUAAUAAUAAUUAUAAUGCAGCCAGUUUUAUUAAACACCUGUGUUUUGGAGGC